CCAGACCUAUCCUCAGAUUAGAAAGAUGUAAAAAAUAGUUUGCUUUUUUGGUUGAUGAUUCCUUUCUAACGCCAUCUUGCGACUAAGACGGGUAAAGUCAGAGUGAAGGAUUUACUGCGUACUGAACGAUAGUAUCGCCGGUGAUAGCAGGCCACCCAAAUUACGACCUUUUGUACAAUGCAGACGACGAGAAAUCAAGAGCCCUCUUCGUUGCAACACAUCUGUGAAGACGCAAAAAAAACAAAACAAAACAGAACGGAAAUAGCUUUGUAUAUAGGAAUGACAACACAAGCUAACGUUUCCUGCUUGGAGAUAUCGUAAAAUCUAACCCACUUUCAACGUAUAUUUUAAAAAGGAAAUGACUCACGCAUUUUCUAGGAAAGUAGUAAACCGCAUGUUAGACACGGUAUAGAAGAAAAAUGAAAUUGACAUUUCACCAUCGAAGUAUACGGUCGUGAGAGAGAAAACUAACCAAAACAUUUAAAGAUAACUAGAGUCAUAACUUGGUGACAUGGAUUUUUGUUUGUUUUUUACGUAAGGCAUUAGACAAAAUGCCAACGCGUGAUACCUUUUUAUCGAAUAUUUGAACGUAGCGUUUGGCAACCGAGUGUUCCCGGUCGUCCUCUUUUCGGUGUCCCCGAUUUCACGGCGAACGGGCCGAGCCUUUAUGGCUUUUUCGCAUGUGUCUUUAUUUCUUUUUCUUUCUUGUUUCUCCUUCCAAAGUUUUCCCUUCUCUGAUAUUCGUACACAAAAAACUAAUGAAAACACGAAUAAAGGAGAAGGAGAAAAAGAAGACGGUCGAAGUCCAUUUGAAAUAAUAUACACUGUUGCCUCUGGCGCUAGAAUGCAAAAUGUUAAAAAAUGGGAGGAGCUAGAGGAAAAAUAACUGAGAGACGAAUAUACUCCGCUCCCCGAAAAUAAAUUCCAGUUGUGGCUCAGCUCACAGACAUUCGAGUUGUUAUCAUCGCGUUCACCAUUUUACACAGCGAUUGGAAGAAAAAAAAAAACAUUUCAAAAAGUGAAUUGUGGCCUCAAUUGGCAUUAUUUUUUCGUUUUUCAUCUAGGAACAUUGAACGGAAAGUAUAGCCAAAUUGUGCGUGUCCUCGAAUUCGACCUACUAAAAAAAGAAUUUGGCGAAACUUCAAGAAAAUACGUCACUGCCAUUGCACACGGAUCACCAGAAGACGUCAGGGUUGUUCGGUGUCAAAUCACAUUUUCCACACAGCAGUUUGCCAAAUUCCUUAUUUUGAUAUCCGCUAGGUGCAACUUAACUGAAAAUGUCCUCGCCUGUUUCCUCAAGUUUUACUGGAAAUAUCAACGGCAUUCAGUUCGAUCGCCAAGAUUUUUUCGGGAAAGGUGGCUCUGAUUCAGUGCAAAGUGGCACAUUUAAUGGUCAAAGAGUAGCAAUAAAAAGAAUCGAGUUGACCAAAGGCACGGAUCAAUCAUCUGGCAACGAGUUUGAAACUCUGCAGCAGUUAGAGCAUCCGAAUGUCGUCAGACUUCUUCAAUGUGGAAAUGACAACAACUUUAGGUACUAUGCAUUCGAAUGGUGUGGCGCCUCGUUAGAUCAGCUGUUUUUGAAGGCGGAUGACACUCGAAAAUAUAAUGGGCCUAUGCCACACCAUAUUGAUAUUUCGCUUCAGUUAGCUUCAGGUCUCGAAUACAUCCAUUCAAGGAAUUUAGUUCAUGGAAACAUAAAACCAGAAAAUGUUCUGAUUUCGGCGGGAUCUGCUGGCCAAGAUGAGAUAACACUCAAAUGGGCAAACUCUGGACUGACCAGAUACGCCAGUAAACGAGCACAGAUAACAAGUCAAGUGGGAGGAAACAAUGCAUGGUUAGCCCCAGAGUUGCUGUUGCUGAAAUUGGGUGGCAACUUGCACGGAAACAAGUAUCAAGGGACCGUCAAAAGCGACAUCUUUGCACAAGGACUCAUUUUCGGUAGUCUGUUCUUGAAUGGGGAACAUCUUUACGGUACCAUGGAAAAUGAAGACGAAAUAACCGAAAACAUAACGAACGGAAAUCCCAUCAACAUGCAAAAAAUGAAUCGCAUAUUAAGGGACUGUUACGAGGAUGAGAUUUUUAAAAAAAUUUUGGAAAACGACCCCAAUAAAAGGAUGACAUCGACAGCAGUUGUUAAUCAACUAAAAACCAUCAAGGAUAAGAUUUCUGGAAAAGAAAAAGAAUUGCUUCAGUUAUGUGCUCGUGAUUCUCGAUUGGAUUUAUCAUUAAAAAUAAAAAACUUUAUUCCCUUUGGAAUCAACAUUAACGUAAAGGACAAUGAUGGAAGUAAUGCACUCCAUCUUCUGUGUCGAUACUAUUCAAGUUAUGAAUUAAUUGCAGCAAUUAACCUCGUAAUCCAAAGCGGAAUCGACGUGAAUGCAAGAGAUUACAAUGGGUUGAAUGCCCUACAUUACGUGUGUCGAUACAAUUCAAGCGGAAUCAUAAUCGACGCAAUUCAGAAUUUAAUGAAACUGGGAAUCGAUCCGAAAGCGAAGACAAAAGAUGGAUCAAAUGCACUCCAUUAUUUGACUCGAUACAAUUCAAAAUCAGACUUGAAUAGCGUAAUUACAAUUUUGGGGAAGUAUGGAAUUGAUCCGUUUGAGGAAGACAACUACGGAUGGAAUAUGUUUUACUACUUGGAUAUAAAAAAUAAGAAGAAAAUGGAAAUUUGGUUCGACCGUAAUGCUUUCUUAGGGCGAGGUGGCUUUGGUCAUGUGCUUAAAGGAAAGUAUGGAGGCCGUGAAGUCGCAGUAAAAAGAGUUGAACUACGUUUCGUCAACAAAAAAGAAGAAGAAGCUUUGCGAGCGUUAGAUCAUCCAAACGUCGUCAAACUUCUUCACUGUGACAGUGAUGAAGACUUUAGGAUGUAUGUAUUGGAAUUAUGCGACGCCUCUUUAGAUCAGCUCUUCCUGGAGCCGAAUGACCCCAAGAAAUACGACGGACCUAUGCCACGUUAUAUUCACGUUUUUCUUCAGUUAGCUUCGGGGCUCGAACACAUCCAUUCGAAGCAAAUAAUCCACAGAGACAUAAAACCGCAAAACGUGCUUAUUUCGAAGACACCUACCAGCCGAAGCAAUGAGGUAACAAUCAAAUGGGCUGAUUUUGGAUUGUCCAAAUCCGUAGAUGAACGUGGAUAUCACUCGUGGUCUGGAGUAAGAGGAACCAAAAAUUGGUACGCCCCCGAGGUGCUGGAGAUAAGCAAUAACAUAAAAGAGGCAGAAGAGGCAAAAAAGCUUAAAGGAACAGUCAAGAGCGAUGUAUUUGCCCUAGGCCUUGUCUUUGGGUUUCUUUUCUUGAAAGGAGAACAUGUCUAUGGUUCCAGUGAAAGAGAAAUUUACGACAACGUAAUUGCAAAGCAACCGAUCAACUUGAAGAAAAUUGACGGUGAAUUACUCAAAAUUUAUCAGAAUAACCUACUUCAGAAAAUGUUUGAAAAUGAUCCUAGCAAAAGGAUGACAUCGGCAGAAGUAGUCGAACAACUGAAAUCUAUCGAGGACAAGCUUGCAGAAAGAGAGGAACAAUUGCGUCAGCUAUGUGCAAGUCGUGAACCUCGGUCGGAUUUAACAAGAGAAAUCCAAAACUUGAUUCGCUUUGGAAUCGACGUGAAUGCAAAGAACCAAUUUGGAUUAAAUGCACUUCAUCUUUUGUGCUCAAACAGUUCCAGUCCACACUUAAUCGGGUCAGUUCAAGAAUUGAUCAAACUCGGCAUCGACAAGGACGCAAAGACGGAAAUGGGUUGGAAUGCACUUCAUCUUCGAGGCAGUUCAAGAAUUGAUCAAACUCGGCAUCGACAAGGACGCAAAGGAUAA